AUGGUGCUUGCUUCAGACCGGUUGGGGCCAGCAGUUCUGCCCUUGUGCUUGGCAGCUGCCGCGGCUGGCUGGCUGGCGGCUGUUCUCACACGGAGGAAGGCAAGCCGUUCUACUGCCCUGAACUUGCCGGCACGCCCAGCAACCACGCAGAAUGGGGGUCCUCAAUCGCCGGGAGGAUCAACCACAAGCUCAGCUGCCAAGCUGCGGGCGUUGUUGGCUGAGAGACGAGACAUUAUUGUGAUGCCAUGCUGCUAUGAUGGACUUACAGCACGACUUAUAGAACGGGCUGGUUUUCAGCUAACCUUCAUGACUGGAUUUGGUGUGAGUGCAGCACACGGAUUUGCAGACUGCCAACUCGUUUCUUACCAGGAGAUGCUGGAUGCUGCUUUCCGAAUUUGCGGCUCUUUGGAGCAGAUUUGUUGCAUCGGUGACGGCGACACUGGAUAUGGCAACGCUGUAAAUGUGAAACGCACAGUGCGUGGUUAUGCCCAGGCAGGGAUGGCAGGCAUCAUGAUUGAAGAUCAGGUUGCGCCCAAACGCUGUGGCCACACAAAAGGUACCACUGUCGUGCCGCGAGCUGAAGCUAUCGCACGUGUCCGCGCAGCCUGCGACGCCCGCGACGAAGGGCGGGAUAUUUGCAUCAUGGCCAGGACAGAUGCCAGAGCCACUUUGGGCCUUGACGAGGCUAUUGCGCGUUGCCAAGCUUUUGUCGAAGCCGGAGCUGACAUUACAUUCUUGGAAGCACCGCGAAGUGAGCACGAGAUGGAGAGGUACUGUCAGGAGGUGGCAGGGUAUAAGAUGGUAAACAUGCUGCCCAGUGGCAAGACUCCUUUCCUGAGCCACCAAAGAUUGCACGAGCUGGGCUUUGCGAUCGCUGCCUAUCCAUUGACCUUGUUGUCAGCAGGCUUGAAGGCUCAAGAAGCAGCACUGAAAAGUCUACGUCAAGCUGGUUUUGUGGAUCCAGGAAUGGAGUUGGAGUUUGACACCCUGAAAGACAUUGUUGGAUUCAGCAAGUACUAUGCGGAAGAAGAGCGCUACAGAACAUCUUGA